UUAUUAGCAGUAACAGAAGUAUAAUGCCCUGUAGAUCUCAGGGUGGUUCAUAACAUAAAAUUACAAUAUAAUAGAACUUGGAUAAGUGAGCAGCCCUACCCACAUGUCAAAUGUGACCUGCAAGGGGUAGGGGUGAUAAGGAUUUGGCUCGUUGACCGCAUCAGGUUCCCCACCCCUGCUAUAUGUGGUGAAUUGCUUGCAGAAUUCAUAAUCUAUAGCAGCAGCUCUCUAGUCAGCAGCUCUUCCAGCCCUACCUGGAGAUUGAACCGUGGUCCUUGCUCUACCAUUGAGCUAUUACUCUACCCCAUUCCAAAGAUUAUUUCUGUACAUGGGGGUUUUAUUUGCUGCUGUUGUAAAACUUGUUCCCUGUUCUCCUUGAAAGCUUUUUAAAAUUAUUAUUAUUUAUUUAUUUUUUUAAAAAAGGCCUACCCAACAACCAUUUACACUAAUGGUUCCUGGCCAUGAAUACCAGCUAAGUAGGUGUUGUGUCCUGUUUUGAUUGUCCUGUAAUUUGCUCCUGGUGGAUCUCUUGCUCUUAAACUUAAAAAGAAAAGAACAGAUGGAUGGAUGGAUGGAUGGAUGGAUGGAUGGAUGGAUGGAUGAAACUCUAAAUAGGGCAGUAAAGCCGAUAAGAAGCUGUCUUGUACAUUUUCUAAGGGAAUUCCUUUAUCCUAGUGUUCUGCUCAUUCAAUUUGCAAAUAACACAGAAAGGAAAGCUGUAAAACACUCAAGGAUAGUAGAGUGCAUUGACGAAGCAGAGAAGUGAAGAGCGUUUAUUAGAGUUGAUUUUUCAGCUGAAAAAGAUGUCAUAACGCUAAUACCCUUCGGCAGCUUCAGGUGGCAGGCCUAGGUCUUGGACAGUCGAGGUGACCAUGUCCUCUAGAAGACAGGAGAAGUCAGGGCGCCACCCGCACCUUGCUUCAAAAACCAGUCUGGUAUUUUAAAAUCCAUUCGUAGGUUAUGUGCAAACUCCGUUAAGUGUCAUAUGCAUCAGUGUUGUCUGAGCUUCGCUACAGAGUGUGAAGGCACUUUGACCCCCCCUUCUUAGCUUGCUGCCCCGUCACUUUUGUACUCUCAGAUGUUCUCCUGUUGUAGCUGGCUGUACUUUCCUCUCUUUCCUUUUGGGGAUGCUUCUACCACCAAAGCUAUGGAAGGAGAGAUUGGACAUACAGAAAGUGGAAUCUCCACUGAGACGGGAGAGAGGGCGCUCAUAUUCUCCGCAGCUGAGCAGCUCUGAUUGAGGGUGGAGAAGUACAGUGUGCUUCUUUUGCACUAGCAAAGGUGAACAAGAAGGCCACCCACUGCCUUUCAGCAUCAGACCAGGUUGCAGUAUUUCAGUGAUCACCGCACGGAGCUCCACCAUUUGAGAUGCUUCUCUUCCUAAGAAUUGCUCAGAUACGAGACAGUGGUGGCUAAUCGUGUAUCUUUCUGUUGAUUUUUGCUGCUAUAUUUUAGCUUGGUAAUUUGUAUUUAAACGAUUGGAUUGUUGCUGCUUUUAUGUUUGUAAGCUUCUUUAAGCAACUCCUUUUGAAAGAAGUGGGGAGAAGGGUAUACAGAAUUUUAAAAAUAAAUAGAACAGUUAUUUUAUGGCUUGCACUGUGCAAGGGUGAUCCAGAGUGCUGAAACCAUAAAAUAAGUGGAAAAGAUAGCUCUGACAUAACAAACAGAAGCUAAGAGGGGUGGGUGCCCUCUGCCCUCCCCAUGAUUUCUGCUGCAGUUCAGAUAUAUUUUAAAGAAAUAUAUAGCUUAAGAAAUAUUUAAUAACCAGACUGAGGCUGCAGUCCUAAGCACUAGGGAGUAAUUCCCAUUGAACUCUGCACAAUGUGCUUCUGAAUAACGAGGUUUAGGAGUGCAGUGUGAUUUCAGUUUCUUUUAAAACAAAUGGUUAUAGCUGAGAUUUAGAUUCAACAACAUGCAUAAAAGUUGUUAUUUAGACCAAAUCUAGCACAGCAAAGUUACCCAAGGCCACUAGAGCCAAAACAUACGGAUUGUAUGAAUAAUUCACGUGUGUUUAUCCUACUCUUUCCACUUUUGUAUGCGAUGAGCACCUUACGCUCCAUUACAUGGAAGAGGUUUCGCUUGUUUGUUUUGUUGAGUAUUUGCCAUGUAUGCAUGGAUGGGAAGUCUCAAUUGGAUCCAUGGAGGGAAUAUGUAGUGUGCAAGGUAAUAGGAUAUAGCAGAAAUAUCAUGGGUACCUGCUAAAUUUGUAGUGUGAGAUGGUCCUGAGAUAGCUGGUGGAAAUUCUGGUAUCAGCCUGCAACAAAAAUCUUGCAAAACGUUUUAGGGUACGUGUGUGUGUGUGUAGAGGGAAUGCUUUCUGCUGGAGCUCUCGCAAAGUUGUCUACUGUUUUCCCAGUCCCUUCUCCCAAGCCAAGUUGUAGGUUUGGUUCCUCUUAGUAUCCCACUCUUCAUUUGUUUCUGCUUUGUCUCAGUCUCUUUUACUGAUUAAAAUCCACUGAUGAUAUCUUCAGCAAAUACAGAAAGGGGGGAAUUAAUUGAGAGAAACUUAGUAAUACCCAUUUUAGAGGUUCUUGAGUCACAAUCGGAUUGCUGGACUCAGUGACCUCUCUUUUAAAGAAGUAAAUCCAUGUAAUUUGUUCUGUAUCAAAGAAUAUGUGCUAUAUUUUUUCUUUUCUUUUGGAAGAAUGAUUGAACAGAGCCUCCAAAUACCUGUUUUAAUUGGAAAGAUUACAUUAAAAAAAAAGAACAUGGUACUUGUGUAUGAAUUCCUCCCCCCCAAAAGCCCCCACUUUCUGACACUUUCUACAUUUAGUGGUGGGAAAUGGAAAGCUUUAUGUGAAUAGAGGAGAGAAACAUCUGCAAGCUGGGAGUGAAUGUGCAAUUGGUCGUGUAUCUUGCUUGUAAUGGUUUGGGUGCUUCACAUUGAUUUCCUUUUACCAUUUGUGCUUUGUGGGAUAUUGAACUCAAGGAACAUGACAGAACGAAAGAGGAAGCCCAAGUUCUCCAGGGAGGAGCUGGACAUUCUGGUCACGGAAGUGACUCGGAACGAAGCCAGGCUGUUUGGAAGGGAGACGAUACGUCUAUCCCACGCAGACAGGGACAAGAUCUGGGAAAGUAUAGCCAGGAAAAUCACAUCGGUGAGCCAGGUCCCCAGGUCUGUGAAAGAUAUUAAGCACAGGUGGGACGACAUGAAGAGAAGGACCAAAGACAAACUGGCAUACAUGCAGAGGUCCCUCUCCAGUCCCAGCAGCCCGGGGAGGCCCUCGGCCAUUGUCCUGACCGCCCACGAGAGAGCCAUCGAGUCGACGCUGCAUUCGUCACGCCAGAUGCACGGCUUCCGGAGAGCGGAUCUGGACGUGGUUGACAGCCCAUCAACCAGCUCUGACGAAGAUGUGGAGGUGCCCGGCCCCUCGCAGCAACACCACUUUUCAUCCCUGCAGAGGCACGCAGAAGAAGCUGACCUUCUAUCCGUACCAUCAUACCUUCAUUCUUCUUCUCUGUCAGAUCACUCGGAUGUUAUUAACCAAAGGCAGGAAAUGAGGCAACCAAACCCAUGUUCCCAGUCCUCCUUUAGGCCCCCUCGGCCCUAUGCCCAAAGCCCACCCAUCUCUGGCUUUGACCGCCAGCUCUUUGACACCCACAUUGAACAGACGGAGCUCUUCAGGCAGUUCUGUCAAGAGCUGGUAACAAUCCACAGAGACAUGGCAAAUAACAUGCUUGUGAUCAGCCAGAGGAUGUCUGACCUGACUGGGCAGGUCAGCCAGAUGUGCCAGACCUUGACCAAAAUCAAGGACGAGCUUCAGUCUUUGAACAAGGGUCAGGUUCCCAGCACUAGCCAGGUGGCAGCACCAAUGAACCCUUCUGAACCCAAGGCAGGGAAUAGCCAAAGCCAUCCCAAGCAGACGCCUCUUCCUCGGACGACUAGGUCACGGAAGAGAAAGCACCACUUCUAGCUCCCUUUGCAUUAAACAGGAAAGAGUAGCUGACGUUGGAUUAGGAAAAAAAUUCAUUAGCAUGACUAUUGGGGAAGAUCAGUGAGAGUUCCCUAUAAAGAUAAAUAUAAAUUAUGACAGUUUAGCAGUAGGCUUUGCUCUGUGCACUUGGAAGCGCAGCACCUUGCUUGCCCGCCCUGUAUUAGAAGCUGCGAACACCUUAAAUACACACAGGUGAAAUUUAAUGGCUGUCUUGCUGUAUGGAUUCAAGGUGCACAUAGAUUUGUUUCCUUAACCUUUUAUGCUCAGGAAACGUUACUUAGGCUUUGCAUUUAAAUAAUUGCACUUAAGGUAAAACAAUCCACAAAUAUAUGCUCCCCCCUUCCCCCCCCCCUUUUACUUCUGCAAAUGCACUAUGUGGAUCUAAGAGCCGUAAACGGACUACAUUCUUUGCCAUAGUUAGCUAUUGUGGUUUGGGGUUUGAGUACUAAAGCUAGGUAGAUACUGACAAAAGGAGGGACCUGGAAAAAUAGGAAAAAACAAUGCCUGCUUCUGAAGCGCGCAAAGCACCACCCAGCACACUGGACUUACUCAUCAGCUUUUUCUGUCAGGUAGCAAAAGCAGUUAUGGCAGGUGUCAGCCACUUCAGGCCUUUAAGAGGGGUUAGCUAGCAGAAAUUGGUAACAUUGCAGUCCAUAAAAACAAGUGCAUCCUUUUGAAAGUAAGUUGCACUGAAAUCAGUUUGCUAAACCUGCUAGAAACAAGUUUUGGAUAAGGGAAACCACUGGCCAGCCUGCUAAUUUUUCUACUUGAUCUUGUCGGACUACAUCUUCAGUUCUUUAGGAUAUUAAUAGUGUAGUGCAGUGAGCCCUCAGCUUAAAUGGGAGUUACGUUCUGGGGAUCGCACCUAAAACCAAAAUCGCAUAUAGGCAAAACACUGGGUGCAAUGGUGUGUGGAAUUGCCAAAGCUUCUUUUCUCCUGGAUGCCCAUCCCCCUUUCCACCCAUAUAUGUCAAAGCUGAAAGCACACAAGUUAAAUGUGCACAAGUGUACAUGUGCUUACUGUAUACCAAGCUGUACCUUUUAUUAAAUGAAAAAAUAAAGAGCUCACAAAUUUAACCUUUUGAGUUGAGGGAUGGCUUUUUCAGAAGCAACUAACUGGAGCAUGCUCAAAUGCUGGCUUUGACCCCAAUGGAAUUCUCCUGACAUCUUCAGAGUUGCUCUUUUGUUUGCAAACACAAUGCCGUCUUUUUAACCCCCUUGUCUUAUCACAGGCUUGCUGGUGCAUGUUCUCCUUGUACUAGCUUCCUGCUUAACAGGAGCUUUGUGCAUGCAUUCAAAAGAACAUGUAAGGGCUUAAACUGGUGCAGCAGGUGUUACCCACUCCCACCCGUCCCCCAGACUUCUCACAUUGAAUGGUUUCCGAUCUUAGGGAGGUAUGCAGGUGUCCAGCCAAAUGCUCCCAAGUCUUCCCACCUUCCUACCAUACACAGGAAAGAUGCGGAAGGAGAUGUGCCUGGUACGCACAGGGUGGGUGCAGAUGGCAUGUGCAUGGUUGCUUGCCCAGUUUAAACUCUCAUACAAUUCUUUUGAAUCCAGGAAUAGGGCAAACAGGAGAUGUAAGCUACUGCCUAUGUGAAUCAAGAUUACUGUCUACUUAGUUCUAAAUGUAGUCUAUCCUGGCCUGUUAGGACUCCGCUAUGGUUCUGGAACUGGAUAUUUUGAUCAUAUUCUCAUACCUGCUUGUAGUACAUAAGCUAAAAUUGCAUGUGCACUGUACACUUUUCAUACCUGCACCUGCUCCUUUGCACCCUAUGGAUGUCAAGAGUUGAGACACAAUCCCCUUAAAGUCAUAGCUGCAGUAGUCUACAUUCCACAAGGCCCUUCUGGCAGUGAGGAUAAAUUUAGGGUGCACACUUAUCAGGGAAGGGAACCCUAAUGAACUCAAGGAGACGUUCUUCUGUGUAAACACACAUAGGAUUGUUCUGUCAAGGUUAAAGCGUGUUGGGGCAGCCCCACCUCCACUUUCCCUGGGGCUACUUAAGACCAGAGUUCCCUGAGAGGAGAAGGCCAGGCCAGGGUGAUAGUGCCACCAGCUCCUGAAGUAGACCUGAGAUUAAUUUGCACCAUUUGCUUUAUAUUAAUAUUUUAACCCACAAACCUCCUUGGAUGCCUUGAUAGAAAGGUUUCAUAUAAAUGCAAUAAAUAAAUAAAUGAUGAAAAUAUAAUCAGACUGGUUUUUGAAAGCCUAUUUCGGAGGAAACUUCACUUUUCUGCAGUGUUGCCACCUAUUUGCAGGGAAUUUAAAAUCCAUAUGGCAUUAAAUGUGGAUCACUUUUUUCGUGAAUUAACAACGUUCAGCAUAUGUAUACUUCUGAGGCAGGCAUAGCACCAGUCCGUUGCAAAUUAAUGUGAAGGAAAUAAUGGCGCAGGGUCUGGAAGUGCCUGGUCCUCAGAGCUUUCCACCACCAAAGUGGAUGGGUUUUGCUCCCCUCCAAAGCAAGUCUAGAUUGUAAGCUCCUUGGAGUAGAGACCUCUUUCUUUUGCUCCUCUUAAAGAACCAUGUCCAUUGAUGGCACUCUAUAAAUUAAAUAAUAGGAAUGUCGUCGGUUACAAAACUCCUGGUAUCUCAUAUGUGCUUGUCUCCAAGCCAUUAGGAUGAAUAAGGUUGCUUUGCUUUCCUCUUUCAAACUUUUGUGAUGUGUUGUUGAUUCAGCUAUCAGUUCUUGGAGAACUGAUCCCAGAGACAAAAAGCAAGUUGGCAUUGUCAGCUACCGCUGACCUUUUCUGAGAAGCUCAGGGGCUUGUGGCCUCUGGAUUUCUGGCACUUGGGAGAAAUGUACACGCUGCGUGCUUUCUUUUAGAACAGGAUAAGAAGCCGUAAAGCUAAGCUUGAGGAAUCUGGGAUGUUAAUAUAUAGAGAAACAUAUCAGGGCAAAUGAAGGUAUGCCCCAUGAUUUAUUUAUUUUCAUGGGGAAUUAGCAACAAGGGAUGAGUUCUUUGCUCUCUGAAAUGCUUUUUUUGUGAUCAUCCCCACAAGGGGAUGUUGUAUGUGAUUGUGUAUACCUGGCAUGUUUUAAAGUGCCCCUUGUUUGACUGAAAUGCUGUGCUUGCCCUAAUAUUUCUUAUAUAUGAUGGAAAUUUAUGAGUAUUUUUGUUAACAAUAAAUAUAUAAUACUUAAAACUCAAA